AUGGGGAACUGCGCCGCCACCAGGCUCGGCGGCGGCGCCGGCGAGGGAGGUGGUGACCCGGUGGCGCUCUGCCGCGAGCGGAAGCGCCUCGUGAAGGCGGCGGUGGAGCGCCGCCGCGCCCUCGCUGCCGCCCACGGGGCCUACGCCCGCUCCCUCGGCGCCGUAGCCGCCUCUCUCGACCUCUUCGUCGCGCGCCUCUCCUCCCCCGUCCCCAUCCUCAUCACCCUCCCCGACCCCGACCCCGACCCCGACCCCGACCCCGACCCUGACCCCGACCCUUCCUCCUCCUCCCCAAAGGCGGCGCCUUUACUCUCCCACAACCCCUCCGCCAUGUCCCCGCGCUCCGCCUCCACCCCCAGCUCGGAGGAGAGGGAGAAGGAGGCGGAGGCCCAAACGAAGGCGGCGCGCGAGGAGGUGGAGCCACGGGGGGAGAUGGGCUCUGGGUAUUUCUUCUCGGAGGCCCCCGUUGCGGCGUCGGCGGCGCCGCCGCCGCCGGGGGGUUUCGCGGGGUGGGACUUCUUCAACCCGUUCUACGGGGACGAGGAGAAGAAGAAGAAGAAAAAGGUGGCACCUUUGGAGGUGGAAGAGAAAGGAGGAGGAGGAGAAGAAGAGGUUGUUAAUGGGGUGGAGGUGGUGGUGGAGGAGAAGGGGAUCGAAGCGGUGGAGGAGGAGGAGGGUAAUGGAGUUGGUAGGGAGCUUCUAGAAGCGCUUAGGGAGGUGGGAGGCCACUUCAUGAGGGCGUGUGAUUCGGGGAAGGAGGUGUCGCGUAUGCUCGAGCUCAACAGAACGAGCCUUCAACCUGGUCUUGAUGAGAUCAAAGAAAAUUCGUCUAAGAUAAAGCAAGCGAUCACAUGGCAUCGCUCUCCUUCGUCUCUGUCGUCAUCGUAUAGGAGUCAUCUUGGUGCAAGCUCAAGUAGCAUGUCGUGGGCGGAGAGUGGGAGCGACACAUUCGAUGACUAUGGUGGCAUGGCGUCAGGAAGCCACUCCCAGACUCUUGGAAGGUUAUUUGCUUGGGAGAAGAAGCUUUACGAGGAAGUGAAGGCUGGCGAUCGGACCUGGCAAGCGUAUGUGAAGAAGUGCUCACAGCUAAGAAACCAAGAUGCUAAAGGAGCCGAUCCACGUGUACUCGACAAAACUAGAACUGUGGUAAGAGAAUUGUACACGAGAAUAAGGGUGGCUCUACGCUCAGCAGAAUCAAUCUCAGAGAAAAUACAGAAGCUGAGAGAUGAAGAAUUGCAGCCACAGCUCAUCGAGCUGCUGCAAGGCCUAACGAGAACAUGGAAGGUAAUGCUAGAAUCGCACGAAAUCCAGAAGCAAAUAAUGUUCAAAGUGAAUUCCUUUACAUGUCCCGCGUAUGGAAAAUUCAGUAACGACCAUCAGCGACAUGCUACGCUUAAACUAGAGGCUGAGCUUCGGAACUGGAGGGCUUCCUUUUUAAGCUAUGUCGCUGCUCAGAAGGCUUACGUAGAAGCACUCGAUGGCUGGCUGUCAAGGUUCAUUUUGUCCGACAUGGUCUAUUCUUCUCGAGGCAGAUCCUCGCUUCCGUGUAAUAAAACCCAGUUGCCCCCUUUGGUUGUGCUUUGCCAUGAAUGGUUCGUAGCAUUAAAUAAGUUAACCGAGAGGCCCGUAUCUUGUGCUAUGAGAAGUUUUAUUAGAAGCGCAAGGGUUCUGUGGGUUAAGCAAGGGGAGGAGCAGCAACAGAAGAGGAGAGUCGACAACCUCGCAAAAGAGAUCGAUAAAAGGGUUGUUGCUUUCAAGAGAGCAGAGAAUAAAGUCGUGGAAUCCAAGCUUUUGGAGUAUAAAGCUGAGUCGGAUGUGAAGCAAAAAAUCGAGAGCUUGUCGGAGAGGAAAGAGAUGCUAAACACUUUGCGGAAGAAAUGGGAGAGCGAGAAAGCGAAGCAUCAUGACUGCAUGAAGAACACCCAUGAGGUCACUCUCAACGGAUUCAAGAUAGGCUUGGCUAGUAUAUUCGAGUCGCUGACUGAGUUUUCGAAGGAGUCCCUUAAACUGUACGAUGAGCUCCUGGUGCACAACGAAGAGGCGAAGGUUCCCGAUAGGAUUGGCGAGAAACCAAAUGGUGUCGAGGGUUCGGAAUCACAUAUUGCAUUGGAUGGUAGAUGAUAAAAUGUUGUCCUCCUCCAGUAUAUUAAGCUUGGUAAUAGGUGAUUGGUUUAUUAUUAUUAGGUGUUAUGUGCUGCCCCCAGUUUUGGAUCCUCUUGAGACUUUGUUUCUAACUCAGGUUCUUCUGUAAGUAGUUGUUAGAUAGGAAUAGGAUUAGGAGGGUCAUUUUGGUGGGCAACUGUUGUUGUUGUAAGUAUUGUUUCGACACCCGACUUGGAAAGAAUUUGCUUAACUUUUUAUGGGAGCAAGAACAAUGAAUCAAGCAAGGUUUAAAGUAUUCAAUCAAUCCUUGUUUUGUU